AUGCGUAGGUGGAUCGAAGGUGACGAUAAAAGUAAUAAUGCUGAAGUAAUGGAAAGUAAAUUUGAAGUUGUGGUUCAAGGUAGUCCAGCAAGAAUUAAUAAUUAUCCUGAUUGCUUUGGAUCGAGACCAUAUGCAGCAGAUGAAAUUGUUGAACGUGCUCGUAGAGCUCUCGGAAAAAAAGGAUAUAAUCUGUUGAAAUAUAAUUGUGAACAUUUCGCUACUGAAUGUCGCUAUGGACGAAGUUGGAGUCAUCAGUCUGUUGGUCCAGGUUUAUCUUUAGGUUUCUUUCAAUGA